AUGAUUACUAAAGAAUAAAAGUGGACUCCCAUAUAAUCAAGUAAAGUCUAUCCAGGGUUUGAAGGAGAAGAAUAAUAAAAUUUGCAUUCUCAAGAAUUAUCAAUUAGACGUGAAGAAGAGAUGGGAAAUGAAUAAACUAUAAUAGAUAGUUAUGAUAAUAAAGUAAGAUAAUUAUUGAUAAUAAAAGAGUGAUGAUUAAAAAAUUAAAGAAAAAUUGUAAGGAAGGAAAGAAAAAAUCAACUAAUGGAUGGUUUAAUUCCAACAAUAAAAAUCAAGUGAAAAUACAAGUUCAGAAAAAUAUAAGAAUGAGAGACGCUUAGAAAGGUAUGAAAUGAUUAAUAUUUUAGUUUAUAUUCUGGAAUGAUUUUACUGAGGAGAUUGACUAGAAUAAUACUUUAAUUUUUGUUUAUUGCAAUUGUAGUAGGACUAUUUGCUUUGGGAUAUUUUGUAACAGUGAAAAAUUCAACUUGGAGUGCUGAUAUAGAAACACCAAAUAUUGAUAUAUUUGUUGGUAAUUGUUUUGUGAAUGUGAGUCAAUCUGAUGACUAUUUAUAAGUAAAAUUACAAAAAUUAAAUAUUAGUUUUCAUUUAAAGCUAAAGGAAGCCUUAUGAAUUAAGUGAAUAAAUCGGAUGAAUUUAGAAUUAAGGGAGAAAUCUUAGACACAGGUGUGGCUAAUUUAACAUUUUAUGAUCCUUUUACUGAUGUAUCAAUAUUUUCAUAUGAAUUAGUUAACAACAUGCAUAAUAGAUUUGAAACUACCAAAAAAUAUUGAAAAUUUAAAUAUUCUUUGUAAAUUUGAAUCAGAAUGUGUUAUGGCAUUUGGAUUAGAGGAAUUAGUAGUAAAUACUUAGAUUAAUGCUACAUCAGAACCUAAAGCAAGAAUGCAGAUUAAUAUUAGAAAUAUUUAAACAAAUAAUUUUAUAUUUGAAUCAGAAUCAUCAGGUAAUUUGUUUUUGAAUCAUUUCUUAAUUCCUCAAGCUUAUAUUAAAUUACUUAGUGGUGAUAUAAUUGUCUAAUCAACAAAAUCAUACUAUUUAAAUUAUUCAACACAAUCAUAAGCUGUUUGUGCAGCAGGAUAUACAGUUCUAAAUAGUGAUGAAUAAUUCUGUUAUUAAGGACCAAAUGAGAAGGAUUCAAAUAAGUAGACUUGUGAAGGUUUAAUUGGAAUAUGUGAAGAAGAAUCCUGCGAUUUAGAAUAAAAUAUAAGGAUAAUUGGUAAUUCAAGCACAAUAUAUGCAAAUAUUUUAUAAGAUAUCGGAAAACCAUUAAUUGAAACGAUUAAUUAUUUUGAAUGGAUAUCUUUUGAUAGUGAAGAAAUUAAUUUUAAUUAAGAAUCUCUACUAAAAAUAUAAAAAUUUAUGAAUAAAAGUGGAUCUGCUGACAUUGCAGUAAGACUUGAUGUAGGUGGUCAUUAUUUGCUUUAACACACUUACAGCACAUAUUGGACCUUUUUCAGUAAUCCAUCAUAUGCAGCUUUUUAACCAUGGUGGUUGUCAGCAUUUUCAGGAACUUUCUUAAAUCCUUAAUUUUAACAUUUAUAAGUCAGUUUAGAAAUAGGAUUUUGUCCAUGGAAUCCAGCUUUAAAUGCUAGAUAAACAUUAAAAAUUUAAGAAUUAAUUUAAAGAACAUUUAAUACAACUUAUGGAUAAGCUAUAUUUAUAGAAAAAGAUAAUUUUAUUAAAUAAAAUGAAACUUUAAAUGAAGAUCUGACUUAUCCUGGUUUUGAACCUUUAUAUAAAAAAGAAAGAGGAAAAUUUGAAAAUUGGUCAACCCUUGAAAAUUUUGCUAACAAUGUUGUUUAUUAACCAUUAGAAUAUAAUAUGUUUUUUUUAGCAGCUAUUGGUUUGUCUUUAUUAUCCUCAUUAAUAUUUGCCUUAGUUUGUUUAUUUUUACUUAUAGUAUCAUUACAAGGAUUAGAAACUUAUGUUUUAGAAACUUCAUCAUAAUUUUAAAAUUAUAGUAAUACAACAAAUUAAACUAAAAAAGAUUAGUUAUCAGAAAUAGCUAAAAAAAUGAUAAGGAAAUUAGAUUAACUUGCUUCUAAAAAGGAUCCUCCAAUAUUAUUAGGAGUAUUAUCUUAUAUUUUUUAUGUUUUCUCUUAAUAAUAAUUUAAGAGUGCUCCAAAAAUGUUUUGUAAAAUACUGUUCAAAAAGAGUAAUAAAAAACAAACAGAAUAAUAUUAUUAGCGAACUUUGGAUAAAUCAUUUUUACGUAUUGAUGAAGAAGAGGUUAAAGAACAAUAUGAAUAGUUUUGUUAUCUUAAUAAGUUAACUAUUGAACCUUUAACUUAAUAAGAAUAAUUAUUAGAAUAAUAUGGUUUUUAAUUUGCAGAAAAAGAUGAUGUAUUAAUAUUAUCAAAAAUCAAAUUGAAUCCUAAUGCUAAAUCUUAUUAAGAAUUGAGUGAUGAGGAAAAAACAUCUGGAAAUUCAUUAGAACUUUUUAUGGCCACUUAAUGCUUAUUAACAGGAAUUCCAGCAGAUAUCAUACCAUCUGAUAAAUUAGAAAAAGCUUACAUUAAAUUUUGUGGUAAAACUUUAAGGGUAGAGCAAUUUAAUGUUAAAGAUUUAUCAAAUGAUUAUGGUCUCUUAAUUUCAGAUAUUAAAGCAUUUGAAUUGAGAAAAGUUAAAACUACAACAUAAUAAAGAUAAUCAUGGUAUGUUAGAGUUUUAGGCAAAUGUACUCAUUAUCUUCCUUUUGUUGAAGAUUAUUAUAUUGAAUAACCUGUAUUCUUAUUAAGAAGAAAUGUUGAAAUUAAUAAGUUUUAAUAAAAUCCAAUUUAAUCAAUUACAUCUAAACUCUAAAAUACUAGUUCAUUUUAUUAUAAUCAAUUUUUCAUGUUUAUUCAAAGUCUAGUUUUUAAUUAUAAAACAAGACUCUUUAAUAGAGAAUAUACAUAUAGAGAAGAUCAUGAAUAAAAUAUUUUAAUGGAUUAUUUUGAUGCUAUUUAUAUGAAUGGAUGGAUUUUAUCAGAUCUAUCUGUAGUGUUAGGUAACUUUUUAGUAACAGCAAUUACAAUAAUUCCAUUACUAUACUUUAUUGUUAUAAUAAAUACAUCAUACUCACCUUUUUCUAUUUAUGAUCCUAAAAAUUUAAUUUUUAUUAAUGAUGCUUUAAUUAGGCCUUGGACUAUAGCUGAUUACUUAGAUAUAUUAGAUUUUUGGGUUUUGGUUUUGGGUGCAUUAUUAGGAUAUUAUGCAUUAAGUGCAUUUAUGUUUUAGACUUUUAAAUAUUUAUUUUCAUAUUUUCCAGAUGAAGUAGGCUAUAUGUGGGAGUUUAAGUUUUACUAGAAUAAAAUUAUGAAAUAUUAUAAUUGGUUUUAAUGGAUACAAUUCUUAAUAUUGGCAUUUAGUGUAUUCUUUUAUUUUGGAUUAAUUAUAGUUUGGCUUAUAUUAGGGUCCAUAAUUAAUCCUAAUUUUUAUCUUGUUUAUUCAUCAUCAGCCUUAUCAUUAGUUGCAUUUAUUGCUGCUUAAAUUUAAUAAAUCAAAGCAACUUAUGAAUAUGCAUGUAAUGAAAUAAAGAAAAUGAUUCAUGAUAUAUAUUUGAGAACUUUUAGUUAAUUGGCUGGAACAAUAAUUAAGGAAGUUUAAAAAUUAUCAGAUUUAUCAACAUCUAUCAUUAAUUCAACUAAUAUGGAUUAAGCUAAAAUAAUGGCUGAAAAUUUAGGAUUUGGUGAAGAAUUAAACGAAUUAUGUAUUUUAACUUAAGGAAUGUUAGAUAAUGCUGGUUCUAUUGAUUUAAAUUAAGAUUAAAUCAAUUUUAAACAUAUUAAAGAUAAAUUUAUUUAAAAGGCUUGUGAGAAAUUCAUAAAAAUUGCAAAAGAUUAAUUUGAUGUUUCAGAAAUUAUUGCAGAAUAAUUAGUUAAGGCUAAUUUUGUAAAAUUUGAUGAGAUUAUUGAUCCUUUAGCAAAUUAAAUAUAAAUUUAAAGUGAGAAUAAAAUUCCAGCUGGAAUUGUUAAAUGGAUUUAUUAAACAUCUGUUAAAUUAAACAGAGUUUACUCUAAAAAGACUCCAGAAGAAUAAAGAAAAGAAUUAUAAAUUCAUUUACCAAUUAUUAGUGUAUAUUUACUUGAUGCUAUUAUUGAUGGUAUUAUGAUAAAAACAUAAAUAGAAGAUAAAGGAGCAAGUUAAUAAGCAUUAAAAAGUGUGAUGCUGUCUCUUUUUAAUUUAAUGAUGGAUAGUACUCCUAAAAAUAUAUUAAUUUAAGUCAAAAAAUUAUUUGAAAAUAUUAAAGACUUUGUUGCUAUUUCUCCAAUUCCUUUGUAAGCAUUAGAAAUGAUAUUUGAUUAUGCUCAAUCUUUAAAUGAAAAUAUUAAUAUUGAAGAAUCAAAAUAAGAAUUAAUAAAAUAAUUAUUGUAGUUAUUUAAUAUAGAUUAAGAUAUAGCAGCAGUAUAUUAACUAUUAUAUUCUAAAUAAUAAUCUUUAUAUAUAGAAAAAGAUAUCUAAUUAACUCCUACUGAAUAAGCAGGAGUCAUAAAUAGAUUAUGUGAUAAAUAUUUCUUAAAAGAUAUGGAUCAAAUUCUCAAAACUAAAUUUGAAAUUUUCACAUUAUUUGCAAUGAAAUUUUUAAAAAAUGAUAAACCACCUCUAUCUGAUUUAGUUAAACUAUUUGCAUAAAUUAAUCCUGGAUAAGAUGAAGAAAAUGAAGAAUAUUUUGAGAAAUUAUUAGAAUAGAAUUAUGGUUUAUUAAAUGUAGGAUUUUCUACAUUAUAACUUUGUACUAAGAAUUGGAAAUAAGAAUUGCCAAUUAACAUAUAAGGUAAGUCUCUUGAAUUAGUUUUUGAUGUACUCUAUGUCUCUAGUAGGUUUUUAUGGUCUUCAAGUAUUAUAGAUAAAAAUAAUUCUGAUAAUGAACCUAUUUAAAAUCAGGAUGGUUCAUGGACUGAUUAAAUCUUUGCUAAACCAGCUUUAUAAAUUUUAUAAAGAAAAGAUAAAUUAGUUAAUAGAGAUAUCAUAGAAUUAAUAUCUUUAGCAUUCUAAAUUCCUGAAAAUGCUGUAAUUGGAUUAAUUUUAAUUUUAAGAAAUGAAAUUUAAAAUACUAUUUUUCAUGAUGCUAUCUAUUAUGAAUUAAUUAAAAUAACAUCAAAAUAAAUUGAUAGCAAAGUUAGUGAAGUGAAAUUUAUUUUUGAAUUGCUUUCUAUAACAAACUUUGAAGAAAUUUUGUCAUUUUUAUGUUCUAAUGAUGUAGUAUAUAAACCAUUAAUUGAAAAACUUUUAGAUAUUAUCUUUUCAUCAAAAGGAAUGUUUAGAGUUUUUAAUGGAUUUUUAGUAAUAGAAAGAAUAUUAGAUAAAAGUUUAAAAUUUGAAGAUUCUAAAGAAAAGAUUUAUUUGGCUAUGGCAAAAUUAAAAUUAUUUGGUACAGCAUUUUAUAAUAAAAUGAAUAAAGAACCAAAAUUCAAAGAUUAGAUAAAUAAAAUUUGGGAUAAUGAUCCAAAAUUAUAAAUAGAAGUUAAUGAAUAAUCUGAUGAGAAUGAAGAUUAAUUAGUCAAUUACUAUAAAAAUGAAAAAAUAACAUUUUUUACUUUUCUAAAGAAAUCUUAGAGAGAUGAAAAAUCAAAUAAAUAAUCAAAAACAAAUUUCUUAGCAGAAUUAUCUAAUUAGAUACAUCUUAAAUUAGAGUAUCUUUAUAUGAUUUUGGAAUAAUAGUAAAGUAUACUAUCUAAUAAUACAUUGAAUUCUCCUUUACUUAAUGGAUUAAAAGUAGAGCCAUUCAAAAACUUGUUGGUUCUUGUAACUUUUAAAGAUGCAGCCAGUGUAUCAAAAGCACUUAAAUAUUUCAUUAAUUUUAAUCCAAAAUCAUAUGAAAGUAUUGAUCUUAAAAAGGUUUAAAUAGAACUUUAAAAAAUAAUAGAUGUUGAAUAAAACAUAGGAUCUUUCUAAUUUCCUAAUACAAUACCUUAUCAAUUUUAAAAAUUAUAAAAUUUAUAUGUAAACUAAAUAUUUUAAACUAAACAACCAAUAAAUUUAUCAUUAUAUAAUGAUUUAUUUAAUUUCAUUAAAUAUGAAAUAGAUAGAAUUAAAUUAGAUUAUGAUCGAAGAAAACAAUAAAAAAUAUUAUUUGAACCUGUUGUUAAACAUUAACAAUUAGACUAAAUUUAGAUUUCAAAUCUAUAAGAUUUAAUUCAUUUUUCUGAAAAUUUUGUUAAAAUGAUGUUUAAUAGAAAUUCUACUAUAAGAGAUUAAGCGAUUAAGGAUGUUUUAUAAUUAUUAUAUCCAAAACCUGAAAUAAAAUAAUUAUAGAAGGUCUAUCCACAAUAAAUAAGUAAUUUGUAAAAUUUUAUAUCUGGAAUGAUGGAUAAGAAUUAUGAAAAUGUACUUUCAUUCUUAAUUUAAUAUUGUGAUUUUAUUUAGGAAGUUCAAUUUAGAAAGUUUUUCAAAAAAGUAUUAUCAAUAGUACGAGGUUUUGUAACAUUAGAUGCAAUUUAAGAAAACGAUGAUCAGACUAAAAAAUUAAUUUUGGCUACUUAAUAAUUAAAAUAUUUUAUAAGUUCAGAUUUGGAUUGUUUUAUGGAUCUUCUUUAAAUAUAUUUUGAUAGUGUUUUAAAAGGAGAUAAACAUAAUUAAACUGCAAUUUAAGGAUUUUUUAGUUUGAUGACAACAAAACCAGAUUUUGAUAUUUUAGUGAAAAUAUUUCGUUUUGAAGAGGAAGCAAUAAAAUUUGCAUAAUUUUUAGUAUCUGCUAUAUUUUCAGAAUAAAAAUCAAAAAUUUUAUAAGAUCCAAAAAUUAAUGAUUUAAUUGAAAAUAAAUUUGGAAUAAAAGAUGUAUCUCCAUUAAUAGAUUUAUCAGAUAUUCUAGAAUCUAGUACUAUGGAUUCUAAGCCAUUAAUUAUUAAAUUAAGAAUAGAAUAAAAUCCUACUGCAUCAAAAUUAUUCAAAGUAAUAUUCGCUUUUAAAAGAUAAUUAGUCAAAGGUGAAUCUUGGAAAUAAUUAUAAGAUAAUUAUAAUACUUUGGCUGAUUAAAGAUUAGAAAUAUUUAAAUAAGAUAAAGAAAAUAAGAAAAAUUAGGGAUAAUAAACUGAUAUUGGAUUACCAGAUGUACUUGAAGUUUUACAUUUCUUUUCUCAUCCUAGACCCACUAAUUUCUUAUAUUUAUUAAAUAGAAUUUAAUUACUUGAUUAAUAAGAACCAGCUGCUAUAUUUACAGCAGCUAUUGCAGGAAUAGGGAAAUAUGAUAAAUUUGAUUAGUAUAAAAAUAAAUAACCAGAAUAAAUAAGAAACAGAUCAGAUGUUCUUUAGAAAUUAUCUUAAAAAUCUGUUGAUAAAGCAUUAUUAUAUAUAGUAUAAACUAGUGAUUAAGAUAUUUAAGAAGCUUUUAGUCUAUUAUAGGUAGCAACAGGUAUAAAUCCAUUAUUAGUAAGUGCAAUAUUUAAUGAAAAUUAUAAUUCUAAUACAUGUUUAUAGUAACUUCUUUAAUCAGAAUCAACUAAUAAUUAAAAGGUGAUUAAAGAAUUUAUGGAGAAAUUUAAUUCAUUUGGAUAUGAUGCAAUAACUCUAAUUAAAAUAAUAGAAUUUGAAACUUUAAAGAAUUCUUAGCAUGAAAAAUUAACACCUGAAAUAAUGAAUCGAAUACUAAUUUCCAUUAAUUUGAACUUAAAUUAAUUUAACAUAAUUGAAAAUUUUUUGAAAGAAUAAGCAAAGGGAAAAGUUUAAUAUUACUUUCCUUUAUCAUCAUUAGUUCUAAUUUAUUCAUUAAAGUAAAUGAGAUAAAUAAAAAAGACAAAAGAUAAACCUAUAGCUUAAUAUAUAAAGGGUUAAUAUUGUAUUAACAUGGCAUUUACUGUUUUUGAGAGAUAUUUAUAUUUUUAUGAUAACAAGAAUCUUAUUAAUUUGAAUAAACCAGCCUUAGUAAAAUUAUUAAGUUUAGGAAUAUUUGAUACUACAAAAUUAAGAGCUUCCGAUUAAUAAAUUGAUUAUGUAAAAUUAGAAGGUAUUUUAUAUCCUGGAAUAAGUGAUCCUCUAUUAUAAAUAAGAGAUAAAAAAUAUAAUUACACUACUUAAACAUCAGAUAGUUUAGGUGAACUUUCAAAGAAUUUUAAUGAUUAAUAUGAUGAAUAUUGCAAGAUAUUUUAUAGAAUUUUACCAGAAUAUAAUGAAGAAGUAGUUAAUAGACCUGAAUUUGAAAAUUACAAUGAAUUUUGGACUGCACUAUUUAAAGAAAAUAGUAACAAAAAUAUUCCAGCAAUACCAAUGAUCUAUAUCAAUAGUUAAUCACAAAUAAAUAAUUAAAAGGAUUACUUUGAAGAAAUAGGCAAAAGUUUAACAAAAGAUUAAUCUAAAUAGCAACAUUAAUAGAAAUCACCAGAAUAAUAGAAAAUGGAACUACAAUAUAUUUUGAUUUCUAAAUUAAUUCAAUUAAAUAUAUCACAAUAUGGAUAUAUAAGGUCUAAAUAUUGGGAUAAAUCAAUUGAAUUAAUAAAAAAGUAAAUAUUUAAAUAAAGUGAAAUUGAAGUAUUAGAAAGUGAUUAAUCAUCUGAAUAAUUACAAUAAAUUAUGAUAUAAUUAAUGUAGUAUUAUGCUGGUUAAUAUACUGUUUCUUAAAAUGAAACUAUUAAUAAAGAAAAACAAUAAUAACAAAAUUAACCUAAAGAAACAAGUUUAUAACUCUUAUAAGGAAUAAUGGGGGCUGGUUAGAAAUACAGAAUUUAACCUAAAUUCAGAGGAAUAAAAUCAAAUUUACCAAUAAAUUUAAAUCAUUUAAUUGAUAUUUUAUUAGGAUUAAAUUUAAACGAAACAGAAAGAAAAGAAUUAAAACCUUUAGUUGAUUUAUUUUAUAAUCCUAAAGUUAUGGAUACUGAUUUUAUUACUAAAACAUGGGGAAAUGAUUAAUAAAUAAUGGAUGCAGUAAUGUUAAUGUUGGUUAGAGUUGAAUUAGAAAAUUCAAAAGCUUCUGGUAAAUUUUCAGAGUUAGCAACAAAAGUUCCUGUUAGUUAUUUGUAUUACUCAUUAGGAGAUUAAUAUGAAAAUUUAAAUUAAGAAAUUUUAGAUAAAUAUUAUAAGAAUAGUGAAAAAUUAAAUUUAGGUAUUGAUGAAUUGAUAUAAAAUUGCAAUGAAAUUCAACCUAUAAUAAAAUAACCAUUAAAAUUAAUGAUUAGAUGUUUCCUAGGUGAUGUUGAAGCAUGGUAUUCAUUAAUAGCAUUCAAUAGAGAAUAAAAACGUGUAGAAACUGAUUUACUUUCUGAAAGUAUGACUAGAACUUUUAUUAUUGAAUUACUUUUAUAAUUUAAAAAUUUUGGAUUUAGAAGUCCUUAAAUUAAAAAAUAAAUUAUCUAAUCUUAAACAUUCUAAUAAUUAUUGAAAUCUUAGAUGAAUAUUAAUUUAAUAAAGAUUCUUGAAACAGCAAUUAUGAAUACUUUUUUGAAAUAAAACUAAAUAAUUCCUUAACUUAGUUUACAAAAAAUUAUUCAAUAUUUAAAUUUUGUAUUUGAAGGUAAAACUGAAGUAUUAACAGACAGUUAAAAUAGUGGAUUCAUAGAAAUUCUUAUUAAAGUUUUUAAAAUUGAUAAAUAAUAAUAAUCAUAAUUGGUUUAUGUUAUCCAAUUUAUUUUUUAAUUAUUAUUUAAAGGUGAUAAAUCAAAUGCAAACUUUGCAUUAUUUGAAAGUUAGAUUUAAGUGUUAUAAGAUGAAAAAAAUUAGAGUGCAUGGGAAUUUACAAAAGCUAUUAUUGAAGUAGAUCAUUCCAAAAAUAUCAAUGUAUUAAUAUCUAAGGCUUAUUAAAUUCUAUAGAGACAUAAUUUAGAAGGCUUUUAAAAAUAUCCUAAUCUUUUAGUUUCUUUGAGCUCAAUUUCUUAUUUAUCAUAUUAUCCAAAUAGCAAUAUCGAUUAAAUAGCAAUUAUGAAUGUCUUAUUAUAUCCUAUUAUAUGGUUAGGAUCAACAAUCUAAGAAAUUAAAGAACCAAUUACUUAAUUCACUGAAUUCUCUAAAAAUUAUAUUUAAUAAACAUCUUCAAAAGACUUUGAAUUUCUUUUGAAUAAUUUUUAUGAAUUUAGUAAUUAAGAUAAUAGCUCUUAAUAUACAAUUACUGAAUAAAAUUUAAGCUUUUAUUAAAAGGCUCUUAUGGCUUGGUGUUAAUAAAAUAAAGAAAGCGAUUUAAAUUCAUUUGUCAAUUUUAUUAAAAAUGAAGUAUUUGAAAUUUAAGGGCUUCCAAAUCCUCAAUAAGUAUUAAUUUUAACUUUAAUUCAAUUAUUACAUAAUAUUAAAAUUCAUGAAGAUCCAGAAUAAAAUAUUUUAAAAUUAUUUAUAAGGGAAAUUACAAAAGUAAAAACUUUAGAAGAAUAAAAAGAUGUGAUUGAAGCUACUAUUAUUAUGUUUAGUGGAUUAUCUGAUCCAAAAGAUAUUAAAGGUGAUAAAUUCUUUAAGGCAAUAUCCACAUUAUUGUCUAAUUAUAAAGAUAUUGGAGAAAUUAUAAAAAUGAUAAUUCAAUUUUAUUAAACUGAAGAUAUUUCAAAAUUAAAAGAAUUACCUUAGUAAAUUUAAACAGGUUGUUUUAAUAAUCAAGAAUUAUAUAAAAAUAAAUUUGAUAAUAUACCAUUAGCAUAAUUAUUCUUAAUUGCAUCCAAUGCUUAAAAAAUGAUUAAAUAAAUGGAGGAUUAAAAGGAAAUAAAUGAAAAAGAAUUAUUAAUAGCUAUUAAGCCAGUCUUAGAACCAAUGUUUGGAAAAAAUUAAGAGAAAGAUUUAUAAACUUUAAUAAAGUGUAUUGAAGCUAUUAUAGCUAUUAAAUAGAAAAAAUUCAAUGAGGUUACAUCAGAAUUCUUUUAGGUUAUGAGAAUAUCUUAAUCAAACAGUAAACUAUUAAUAAGUUUAAUGAAAGACUUUUAAGUUGGUUUGGAAUCCCCUUAAUAAUUGAUUAAAGAGAAAAUGGCUUCAUUAAUAAAUCCAUCUACAGUUAGAACUAUGCAAUAUAUGAAUUCAGUUAUGAGUAAAUUAAAUGAUAAUAGAGAAUUAUAAUAUGAAGAUAUGUUUAGAGUUUUAGAUAAGAAUGGUUAAAGAUCAGUUAAAGCUAUUGAUGUAAUUGAAUUUUUAAGAAGAAUUAAUAUAGAAAUUACAGAACAUAAAUUCAGAGAAGUUUUAGUAAUCAUUAAAAAAGAUUAAGUUAAUAUUUAAACUUGUAUGAUUGAUUUCUAUGAAUUUAAAGAAAUCAUGUAGUAAAUUUCAAUUUAAACUAUGUUAUUAAGUUUAGAAUAUUUAGGAAUAUCAAAACCUUUAUUAAUAAAAGGACUUAUUGUUUUAGUAUUAUACUUAAUAAUAGUAUUGGCAUUCAUACUAAUAGGAGUCUAAGCAUUUGCUAUUCCAGGUACUUUUGCUGCAAUAGUAAAUGCUAUUUUACCAAUGAUUGGAGGAUUAGGAUUGAAUAAGUAAGCAGCAGAGGAUAAAUUGAAAUCCUUGAAUUUAUAAGUAAUUUUAGAACUAGUCAAAAAGGCUAUUAAGGUUAUAUAAUCUAGGAGAAUAUGA